AGUCUUGCCUGGGCUCCAUCAUAAACAUCCUCCUCCUUCUGUCCUCCUCCUCAUAAUCAUCGUCCUCCUCACCAACCAGACCGCUGAAAGUCAACACAACCUUCUCAACUUUUGCCACACACGCGCACACACGCACACACACACGUCAUGCGUGUAGUCCACACCUCGCAGCGCACCUCCUCUCCUCCUGUGGAUACGAAUGUUCUCCCUCGCAGAGGGCGCAGAAGCUAAGUGUUUCUGCUGUCCUUAUCUGAAAGGAUCUCUAUCGCGCUCUAACGAGCCACUUGACCUCCCUCGGCGCUCCUCUUCUCCCUGGGUGACGCAAAACAACAACAACAAAAAAGAAAAAGUGGGCAGGCGAAGCGCUAAGUGCAGUAGUUUGGAGGAGUAUCGCAGCGCACGGAGACACACAACUUGGCAACGUGCGUCCGGAGCGCCAAUCUCGACCCGCUCGGAUGUUACAUCAACGCAAACGCCUCAGCGGAGAUUUACCGGGAUGUGUAUGAGAAAAGAUCACAUUUAACUUUGACAUUCACAGCCUCCCUGCGUUCAGUAAGUUAAGAGGUGGAUGAAACUUUUUUGCGUGUUUUUUUUUUUUUUUUUUUUGUGAAUGAGUGUCCCGCCGCUGGCCGGCACAUCUGGACGUCGUUGGGAGCUGUCAGAGUCCUGACCUGACCCCGCGGUUUUCUUUCGUCCUCCCUGAACUUUAAAGGAGGAAUACCGGACUUUUGAACAAUUGCCUCUUUAUUAAAAAAAAAAACUUUUGGCUUUCCUGUUUAUUUUUAUUUUUUAAAUAAGGUAAAAGGUGCAACAUGGAACACUCGAUCCUCAGACUAACGUGCAUCUUGGUGGUUCUCUGUGUCCUGGACAAAAGGGUAGCUUCCAACGAAAUCUUAGGCCUGAGGCUCCCCAACAUCGACCCGAUCCUGAAUGCCAACACGGUGUGUCUCACGCUGCCAGGCUUGACGCGGCGGCAGCUGGAGGUGUGCAUGAGGAACCCCGACGUGACGGCAUCAGCAAUCCAGGGAAUCCAGAUUGCCAUCCACGAGUGCCAGCACCAGUUCAGGGGACAACGCUGGAACUGCUCCAGCCUGGAGACCAGGAACAAAAUACCCUACGACAGCAUCGUCUUCAAAAGAGGUUUCAGAGAGAGUGCCUUCGCGUAUGCCAUCGCAGCAGCGGGCGUCGUGCACGCCGUGGCCAACGCCUGCUCCAUGGGCAAACUUAAGGCGUGCAGCUGCGACGAGAAGCGGCGCGGCGACGAGGAAGCCUUUCGCAUCAAACUGCACCGCUUGCAACUGGAGGCCAUCCACCGGGGGAAGGGCAUGGUACACGGCGUCAUGGAGCACUUCCCCGCGGACCUGCCGGGCCCCCAGGACUCCUGGGAGUGGGGCGGCUGCAGUCCGGAUGUGGAAUUCGGCGAGAAGUUCUCGAGGGACUUCUUGGAUGCCCGCGAGACCAACCGGGACAUUCAUUCCCGCAUGAGGCUGCACAAUAACAGAGUGGGGAGACAGGUGGUGCUCGACCACAUGAGAAGGAAAUGCAAGUGCCACGGGACGUCGGGGAGCUGCCAGCUGAAGACCUGCUGGCAGGUCACCCCAGAGUUCCGGCUGGUGGGCUCAAUCCUCAAAGAGCGCUUCCACGUCGCCACGCUCAUCAAGGCUCACAACCGAAACACCGGACAGCUCGACCACUCCAACCACAACAACAACCACCACAACCAUCAUAACCACCACGGCCACCACCACCACCACAACCACCACCACAACCACCACCAUCACCACCAUCACAACAACCACCACAAUCACCACCACGCGCACCGGCGGCGACCGAGCGUCAACGAACUGGUCUACUUCGAGAAGUCGCCGGAUUUCUGCGAGCGGGCCUUGGGGUCGGACUCGGCGGGCACGCAGGGCCGGAUCUGCAACAAGACCAGCCCCGGCAUGGACAACUGCGAGAGUCUGUGCUGCGGGAGAGGCCACAACAUCCUGCAGCAGACGCGGAGCGAGCGCUGCAACUGCAAGUUCCACUGGUGCUGCUACGUGGUGUGCGAGGAAUGCAGGAUAACCGAGUGGGUCAGUGUCUGUAAAUGAAGAAACACACUAAAAGACUGUAGACACUAGAGAAAAACAAGAAAAAGAGACCCUUUUUAAAAAAAUCAAGACUAUACAUUUGAAAGGGGAAUACGACUGUAAUAUAUGUGCCCCAUAUGUUUUGGUGGUGGACCGCUGUUUUUCAGAAGAGCGAGGAACAGAGUGUGAAGUGGUUGAGCAAGCAGAAAGAUAGAUUUGCAUGUCGGUUAAAAUGUGUGCACAUGCCGGGAUUUGUCUAAAGCCGCCACGACUCGAGGAGGGCUCGGAUGUUUACUUUUCCUCGUGAGAUAAAGGAACAAAGUUGUAUCGGUUUAACUAUAAAACGCUCUGAAUCUGAAAUCUGGGCUUAAGAAAAAAAGACGAAGGAGUGUCGUGUUAUCAGCAAACGUUGACGGACAUACAUUUGCCUGAUAUCAGGUAAGCAAAGAGGGAGUCGAGAGUAAGCAUCAGAUUGCAUGCAGAGAGAAAACAUAUUGCUUUAUAGCACCAGCAGCAUAUAAAGGGGAAAGACCACCUUUUCACACAUCAGGAUUCACAAUGCACAGGAUUUAAAUUCAGAACAUUUGACACCUGGAACACUUAAGGAUUGUGUCUUGUUUAAGGCAGUUUAGAAGUUUCAAGGUUUAUAGCAACUAUCGUGUCACACCAAAAAGAAAAGCUUACUUUAUUGUAUACAUAGUAUGUGACCCUGCUUACAGGGAUAACACCCCUCAAAACGUUGUAUUUACACGCAUCCAAUGACGGAGUGGACUAUUUAAAUUAGAAGGUUAUAUUAAAGAGGCUUUUACAUGAGGAAAUUACAGCAAUGAUGAAUCACUGGAGCUGAACCUAUAAUCAAACAAAAUACAGUUCUGAACGUCCAUUCAUCAGUACGAUUCCUAAUAUGAGAGCCGGAAACAGAAACCAUUUCCUGCCCUCUAAUAGAGGGUGUUGAAAUACGAUCCACGCAAAUCAGCUUGCAACAGAGUAGGUACAAGCACUAACUCCAUGCACAGCGAGGUUAGCCUCGCAGCACAGAUGUGUUGUCCUUCAUGGAGUUGUGUCAGAAAUAAUCUACGUGUCGUCUAUGUGGUGCGGUGUGUAAUGUGAGAGGACUGUCACAGAAUGGGGCAGGAUAGACCGUCAUUUAACCGGGACUGUUUUCCUCUUCGGCAUGUUCUGGACAGCAUUGUAAAUAGAACUGAAUGAUGCUGCACAAGUACAAUCAAAAAAGUUGCCUCGGGACACUGAACGCACAGGAACAGGCUUCGGUUUCUCACAUCAUAAACAUCCCCCGAGCUCCCAUCGAUCAAAGUGUUUCCUGUUUUGUGACGUGAUGUGCUGUGUGCGACACUGUAAGCCACUCGUUGAUAUAUCUACACUCACCUCCUGCACACUUCUCCCAUGUGUGAAAAUAGGGAUUUUCUGAUGUUGCUGUCAAAGUAUAUAAUUAACAAACUUUAUUUCUGUCCAUGCACAUUUUGGAGAUCAUAUUUGGUCUCAAGAAAAGUGUAUGAGUGAGGCUCCUUAUCAGUGUAAUUUAUUUCAAGAAAAUAUGUUUCUGUGUUGAAAGCAGAAGAAAAAAAAUGUGGAAUAGUGUUUCCAGUAUAUCAGAUUAUUUCGAUUUUGAUAAGUUAUCGCACAACUGUGUCCAGGAAAACUCUGGAAGAUCUCAGCAAUAUGCAUUUUUUUCAUGUCAUAAAUGUAAUGUAUGUAUUUUUAUGUUUUAAUAUGCUUAUUAUCUAAGUUAUUUUAUUUUUGUGGAUAACUUAAUAUUUGUAAGACAAUAAAAGUGAUGAAUAAUAAA